AUGCGAGGCUUGGCCAGGGCCUUGGCGCGCGCGGGGCGAACCCCGUGGCGUGUCCCCGUCGCAGCCGCCCUGGCCCCGGCGCCGGUCCGCCCGUGGCUCGGGAGGCGCUUCCGCUCCGCCGACGGCCCCGGCCCCGCGGCCACCCCGAUGCUGCGGCACCUGGCGCGCAAGAUCCGGGCCACCGGCCCCAUCAGCGUGGCCGAGUACAUGCGCGAGGCGCUCACCAACCCCGCGCAGGGAUAUUAUGUACACCGUGAUGUGCUUGGAGAGAAAGGCGAUUUCAUUACUUCCCCGGAAAUCAGCCAGCUCUUCGGGGAGCUGUUGGGGGUUUGGUUUGUGAGCGAGUGGAUGGCCACUGGGAAGAGUCCGGCCUUCCAGCUAGUGGAACUGGGACCUGGCCGAGGCACGCUGACAGAAGAUAUCUUGAGGGUGUUCGGUCAGCUCGGGUCUGUGCUGAAGGGCUGCGACAUUUCCGUCCACCUGGUGGAAGUGAGCUCGAAGCUCAGCGAGUUGCAGGCGGCCAGACUGACAAGCGGGAAGACCCCGCUCGAGCAGACUCCCGACUCCCCCGUGUAUAUGAGGGGCACCACAACUUCGGGGAUCCCUGUGUCAUGGUACCGAGACCUGAGGGACGUCCCACAAGGCCACAGUUUCUUUAUGGCGCACGAGUUCUUCGACGUCCUUCCUGUGCAUAAGUUUCAGAAAACAGCCCACGGAUGGCGGGAAGUGCUCGUGGACAUCGACCCACAAGCUUCAGAUCAGCUGAGGUUUGUUUUGGCUCCGUCGGCCACCCCGGCUGAAGCCUUCAUCCAACCCGAUGAAAGGCGGGAGCAUGUGGAGGUGAGCCCCGACGCUGGGGCCAUCAUCCAGGAGCUGGCACGCCGCCUCGCCCUGGAUGGAGGCGCCGCCCUGAUCGCUGACUACGGCCAUGAUGGCACCAAGAGCGACACCUUCCGGGGCUUCCGUGGCCACCAGCUGCACGACGUCCUGGUGGCCCCAGGCACCGCAGACCUGACUGCCGACGUGGAUUUCAGCUACCUGCGCAGAAUGGCCCAGGGCCAGGUGGCCUCACUGGGGCCGCUACAGCAGCAUGACUUCCUGAGGAAUAUGGGCAUCGACGUGCGGCUCAAGAUUCUCCUGGAGAAAACCGAGGAACCGUCGUCGAGGCAGCAGCUACUCCAAGGCUACCACAUGCUCAUGAGCCCCGAACAGAUGGGCCAGAGGUUCCACUUUUUUGCCUUGUUACCCCAUCAGAGACUGCAGGGUCCCGGGCAGCCUGACGGGGCCCGCCGGAGACUACCUUCUGCAGGCUCUGUCGCUGGGUUUGGCGAACUUGUCUGGCGGUGAUAUUUCAGGUGGGCUUUUGCAGACCCCAAGAAGCCCAAAUAAAGGAAACGUUUCAUCUGGGGCCAGGAAAACAACUCUCGAAAUGGAUUUGCCGGGGGCCGGAGACUCAGCACAGUGGGCAGGGCAUUUCCUUCAGCAUCCCGUAGAGUCCCCCGAGCACUGCCAGGAAUGAUUCCUGAACACCUCAGUGAAGGUCCCCGAACAAAAACAAGCAAAAUAUGUUGGUCUCUUUGCAGCCAAUAAAAUGCCUUAUUUAUGACUAAA